ACUUAGUUUACAUGUUGUUGACUUGACUUGUUACUGUUGUCCUAUAAAUACUUAACAAGAAACUGCGACAUUUUUCAUUCACUUGCACAUUGUCUCCUUGUCUCCAAACUACAUUCAAACAGAUUAAAACUUUAAAGAUGGCCGUCCAAGAACCAUUGGUUCCGCGCCAUCAAGUGUUUCUUAAUUUCCGAGGAGUGGAGCUUCGCAACGGCUUCGUCAGUUAUCUGGAGACUGCAUUGAAAAACGCUGGGAUCAAUGUGUUCAUAGACAAAUAUGAAGAGAGGGGAGAAGAUCUCACCGUUCUUUUCCGUAGGAUCGAGGAAUCAAAGAUUGCGUUGGUCGUGUUCUCGAGAAGGUACAUGGAAUCAGAAUGGUGUUUGAACGAGCUGGCGAAGAUCAAAGAAUGUGUCGAUGAAAAGAAACUUGUGGCCAUUCCCAUAUUCUAUAAAGUCAACCCAAGUGAGUUAGAAGCACUUUUCAAUGAUGCAUGUGAGACUCAUAGCAAUGUGCAGACCCACAUGGAGAAAUGGAAGGUGGCAUUGGAGUGUAUUAAGUUAAAGAUGGGCUUGACUUUGCUGGAGCAGAGUGACGAGGUCGUUUUCCUCAAGACAGUCGUGGCCGAGGUCAUGAAAAAGCUCACCGCCAUUCCAAUUAAUUUGGAAGGAGAAGAGAAAGUGGCUAUUCUCUUUGGAAUAGAACAUCGGAUCAAGCAAGUCGAGGAAAAGUUUGGUUUCGAUCACAGCGACGAAACUAGAAUUGUGGGAAUUGUUGGGAUGCCUGGUAUUGGCAAAACCACUCUCGCAACGGAGCUGUUCAAGAGGUAUGAAAACAAGUUCAUCCGCUGCGUGAAUUUUCUGAAGAUCCGUAAGGAGAUGGGUUCUGGCCAUUUGAGGAUGACGUUCCUUCAAGAUUUACUUCCGAAGAAAAAGACAAACAUAACUCAUAAGACGACAUUUGAUUGUCUAAAGACUGAACUGCUCAUGAACAAAGUCUUUGUUGUUUUAGACGAUGUGAGUAGCGAAAAACAUAUAAAGACUCUUCUCGGAGACCGAAGCUGGAUCAAGAAAGGAAGCAGGAUUGUUAUUACAACCCGUGACAGGGCAUUGAUCGCCGACUUAGAUCCAAAUCCUUACGUGGUUCCAAGAUUGAACCCUCGAGAUGGGUUGAUGUACUUCAGCUUCUUUGCCCUAGGGGGUUUCAAUCCCGAGAUGGAAGAUUAUAUGAAAAUGUCUAGAGUGUUCGUGGAUUACGUUAGAGGCAAUCCAAAAGCUCUCAGAGAAUUGGGCAAGGAACUUCGUGGGAAAGGUGAGACACUCUGGAAAGCGUGGUUUGGUGCAUUGGCAAGAUGUUCCAACGAGAGCAUUAAAGAUCUGUUGAAGAUAAGUUACGAUGAGCUUAGUGAAAAGGAGAAGGAUGCGUUCCUUGACAUUGCGUGUUUCUUCAAAUCAGAGGAUGAGUUUUACGCGAGAAGCUUACUGGAUUCUGGAGAUCAUGAUGAAUCCUCUGAAGUUUCGAGUGAGAUAACGAAUCUUGCCUACAAGUUUCUAAUUAGUAUCUCUGGCGGACGCUUAGAGAUGCAUGAUUUACUUCAUACAUUCGCCAUCGAACUUUGUUCGUUAUCAUCCACAGUAGAGAAGUGUAGGCUGUGGAAAUACCAAGAUAUUAUCGCUGCGCUACAUGACAAAAUGGGUACCAAAACUGUGAGAGGCAUUUCUCUAGACAUGUCUCAAGUAAGAGACAUGCCUUUAGAGUUUUCGGUCUUUGCCAAUAUGUGCAAUCUCUGGUACCUUAAGUUCUAUACUUCUACUUGUCCUCGGGAAUGUGAAGGCGACUGCAAGUUAAAUUUCCCGGAUGGACUUUCAUUACCUCUGGAAGAGGUCCGAUACCUCGACUGGCUGAAAUUCCCGUUGGAUGAACUUCCAUCUGACUUCAACCCCAAGAAUCUUGUUGAUCUCAGGCUGCCUUACAGCAAGAUUAAACAAGUAUGGAAAGAUUCUAAGGAUACACCGAAACUGAAGUGGGUGGACCUCAACAACUCGAGAAUGCUGCAGAAAUUGUCAGGGUUCUCAAAGGCCCAAAAUCUUUUGAGACUGAAUCUUGAAGAUAAAUCUGACUUCACUGAAAACUCUUAUCCUCAGCGGCUGUACGAGGCUUCAUGA